AUGAUUGGAACAAUAACAGCAUCUGGUCAUGCUCUACCACCCUAUAACGUUCUCCGGAUUCCUAAACGAGUAAAAUGGGAACACAUGCAAAAUUCAAAUUAUGGUGUCAUUAUUGCUAAUGAGUCAGGAUAUGUAACGCAAGAGAUAAAGAAAGAAUAUGUCGAAUGGCUUCUAGGACAAUUUAAGAAAACAGAUAAAAAGCUGCUUUUAGUGGACAAUCACAUAUCCAAUUAUUUCUUUGACGAAAAAAAACUUUGUGAUGAGAAUAAUCUUAUCAUAAUGACGUUCCCAUCAAACCUUACUCACAUUCUCCAGCCUUUGGAUUUAGUCCUAUUUUCGUCAUUCUCUCAACACCUAUCAAAUUUGCUCAGAGAUGGGUUAAAGGACAAUCCAAAGUUUAAAGUGAACGAUAAACACUACCAAAUGUUGGCUUAUCAUGCUUGGUCAUCAUCAUUCAACUCAUCCAAUAUAAGAAUGUCUUGGAUUAAGUCUGCCGAAAAAGUCUAUCUCAAAGGAAAUCGCUAUAGCCGGGAACAAAGAGAUUGUUCCGGCAAAUGCUCAAGCCAUGACCCAAAAAGAACGGGCUAUACAAACCUUCAAAUCAAUAAUACCACCAACAACAUUUUGAAUAAAGUACAAUCUUCUACAUCACAACCUCAAAUUGUUUCCCAAAAUACCUCAACUACAACUAAUACCAAUGUAGCACAAUCGAAUGAUAAAACUUUGGUUAAAUCUUUCUUUAAUUUAUUUAAAUAA